AUGGCCAGUAACGGUUCGGCGGUCCCAGCUCCGACCAGCGUACAAGAAGUCGAACAGCUCGUCAAACGCCUCUACGCCCCAGGAAACCCCCGCACGAUCGCACAGGUCGACGACCAGCUCAAACUCCUGCAACAUUCCCCAGAAGGAUGGCAGCUGGCAGACGCCUUACUCGGCAGCAGCGAUGUCAACGUGCGCUUCUUCGGCGCGCUGACAUUCCAGGUCAAACUCAACAAUGAUGGGGCGAGGCUUGAUGCUGAGACGGCGAAGACGGUUGGGAUGAGAUUGGUUUAUUGGACUGUGCAACGCGAUCGUGCUGGAGAGGGAAUGCUAGUUCGAAAGAAACUAUGCGCUUCGCUGGCUACCUACUUCUUGCGAUCUUCUGUGAGAUGGACGAAGCCGCUGUUACAUCUCGCGGUCUCGUUCCAGCAAGGAGAUGCGGUGCCAGAAGAACGACUAUCAGCUUCACACGAUGCCAUUGAUCAAACCCUUCCGACUUUGACAGAUUCACAGCUUGCCACUCUUCUAUGGCUUUCCGGUUCAUUAGCGACAGAAGCAGCGAAGACCGACAGUACCACACCUGAGAACAUGCAACUGCACACGUUGAUGGAAGAUAUGGUUGCAAGCGCAAGCAAGAUCAUCCGCCACGCAUCGAAACGUCCAGACACAGCACAAGGAGGCAAACUUCGAGCAGAAAGUCUCGCUUGUUUCUUGAACUGGGUCAACUACGCUCAGCCAAUGUGGCAUGCUCAGCAGGAAUCCCUGAACCACUUACGAAAUCUGGUAGAGGAUCUGGCACCAAUGUUGACCGAGGACUCGCCUCAAAGUGAGGCUAUGGACGUCUUCAGGGACAUUCUCGAGAGCUUCACGACUUUCUUCAAGCCUCAACAUAUGCAACUUCUGGCCAAUAUCAUCAACCAGUUUGCCGCACCGAAGAUGCUGCAAUUGCUGCAGGAUAAGGAGCCUGAGGUCAUUCCAGUGGCACAGCUCAUCAUCGCGUACGGUAUCGCCAACAUCCAGCAAGUCGUUGAGGAGCCCGAAAACGAAUAUGGAUCGCGGAACAUCGUCCGGCUACUGUUGGCUAUCUUCGAAGCUCCGGGCUAUCCUGGUGAUGACGACGAAGUCUCUAUACACAACAUAGAGUUCUGGAAUACCUACAUUGAGUACGUCAACGAAGCGAUGUACUCACGAACGACGGACCAGCCACCUCCUACUUGGCUGGAGCAUGACAAAGCUGUCUGCAUGCAACUGUCAAAAUUGAUCCAGAACAAACUCGUCACGCCGCCACCAGACAUUGCACAAGGAUGGACGGAUGCAGAGGCGGACGCUUUCAAAGAGUUUCGUGUGGACGCCUCAGAUCUCAUGCUCUCGAUCUAUGUUCGGCUGGGUAACGAAAUGCUGCAGCAGUUCAUCACGCUAGCUCUCACCUCACUGGCCGCCAAAGACUGGCAGAACCUCGAGGCAACCUUGUUCUGCAUCAACACGCUCUCUGAUAAUGUCUUGGAAGAUGCCACUGCAGAACAGCUACUCAUUCAGAUAUUCAGCUCGAGCUUAUUUCGUGAUAUCGCGGAUUUCAACCAGCCUAUUCCAACUCAAACACGGAGAACUGCGAUCGACACACUGGGAACAUACGGCCAAUACAUCGAACGCCAUGCCGAGUUCCUGCCAGACACACUUCGCUUCCUUUUCGCCUCGCUCGAGACUUUCGGCCUCUUCAUGAGCGCUGCCAAGUCGAUUGAAGCCCUUUGCUCCACGUGCCGAAACAGUCUGACAGGCGAGCUGGAUGGCUUCCUGGCGCAGUACAAUCGCUUUGCCCAAGGCGAGACAAGCGAGCCGUACACGAAUGAAAAAGUCAUUGGCGCCAUCGCUGCCAUCGUGCAAGCUGUAACCCCCGAAAGUGCGAAAGUGUCGCCACUAUCUGCGCUGUUGGACAUUGUCGAUGGCAACAUAACACGAGCACAACAGCUCAUCAAGCGAGGCCAGAUGGAAGACGCAGAGGCAUACGGCGUAUCAGCGAUCGAGUGCCUUGUCAGAAUCGGUAAAGGGUUGCAAGUGCCUGACGACGUUCCCAUCGACUUGUACGAGGACGAACCGCCGAAAAAGAACGAACAGAGCUUCUGGCGAACACAGGAAGGUCAGGCAGUCCAGCACAGGAUUUUGGGUAUCUGCCAGACUGUGCUUCUGCUACUUCCCGAUUCAGGGGAAGUGGUCGAUGGGGUCUGCAACGUCCUCAAGGCUGGAUUCACCGAAACAGAACCUGGACCAUUCGUCUUCCCUCCUGAGAUGACGGUCAGCUUCCUCGAACAAUGCACCAUCAGCACACCUCACCUCGAAUCUGUCCUCUCCAUGAUCUGCACCCUCCUCGUCCAAUACUCCCGACGAGACCAACCACGAAUCGACGCCGAAGUCGCCCGCAUCUACAAACACACCGUCACCUACAUCCAAGCCCUCGGCGAACCCUCCCAAGACCCAGGCAUCGCGCAAAGCUGCAUCGACGUCUUCAACCGCAUGUCCACCCGCUACAUCAACGUCCUCCUCGACACAACCUCCACGGGCGACUCGGUCCAACCCAUCCUCGACUUCGCCCUCAAAGCCCUCGACGGCCCGGACCUCAUGCCCAAACGAUCCGCCGCAGACUUCUGGGCGCGCAUGGUCCGUCCACCGGAGAACGCCACCGAUGAGACGGUCAUCACCCGCGCCGGCCAUGUCAUAUCCGCCUACGGCCCUGCGCUCAGCCAAGCACUCAUCAACCAGAUCACCGGCCGCGCGCAACGCUCCGAGCUCGAUCAGCUCUGCGAGCCGCUCAAGGCGCUCACGACGAACCGCGCUCCGACGAAGGCGUGGUUGGAGGCGGCAUUGUUCAGUGAAAGUUUGCCGCCGAUUGCGAAUGGGAGUGUCGGGGAUGCGGAUAAGAGGCGGUUUGUGCAGCAGGUCGUCGGGUUGAGGGGGGAGAGUCGGAGGACGAGGGACGUGGUGAAGAAUUUUUAUGUGGCGUGUCGGGGGACGGUGGUUAGCUAUUGA